AAAAGACCGAAGAGAGUCAGAGUCCCAACACAACACAGGACAUCAAUUUAAGAGAGGAGGUCGAGUGUUUUACUUUGUCUGGAAAUGGCCGAUCAGCUGACAAAGGAGCAGGUUGAGGAGUUCAGGGAGGCGUUCUCACUCUUUGACAAAGACGGCACCAUCAACACCAAAGAGCUGGGCACAGUCCUGCGCACUCUGGGCAUAAACCCCACCGAAGAAGCUCUGCAGGACAUGAUCAACGAAGUGGACGCCGAUGGGGACGGAACGAUGGAGUUGGCGGAGUUCCUGGCCCUGAUGACCAGGAAGAUGAAGGACACGGACACCGAGGAGGAGAUCAAAGAGGCGUUCCGCGUCUUCGACAUGGACGGCAGCGGAUUCAUCAGCGCGUCCGAGCUGCGUCACGUGAUGGCGAACCUCGGAGAGAAGCUGACGGACGAGGAAGUGAGCGAGAUGAUGAGAGAAGCAGAUACGGACGGAGACGGAAAGGUCAACUAUCAAGAGUUUGUGAAAAUGAUGGCGACGAAGUGAAGACCUUCUGUGGAGCCUUUUUUUUUCUUUGUCUAAUUUAUCUGUAAAAUCUUAAUAACCUCUCUUUGUCCCUGUGUCUUCUGCUGUCCAGAGGGCUCUUGUCCCUGCAUCCCUUUCUUCUGCUGUCAUAGUGUUUCCCGUGAAGGCCCCUGAGAGCUGGGGAGCUUGAAAUCUUCCUGUCUUGUGUGCUCGGGGCCCCUCCACGCAAGGCAACAUUGGAGAUCUUUGGAGACGAGUGUGUCUCCUGCUUCACUCACUACUUUUACUCUUCUUUUCUUUUUGAAUGACCUCUGGUCGUGUCUCAAAUUAUGAAUUCCAACUUGUAUGUUUUUGUUUUCCAAUAAAAUUUAAGAAUAAAAAGAUGACCGUGUCUGCUCACUCUG